GCUGGAUGAUUCUGAUUGGUCAGUGAUGUGAUCAGGCCGCGGCCGCGUGCAUGUGCAGAGCCAGCACCUAUCAAGCGGAAACCAAAAUUUAGCGCCUCGUGCUGUCUUUAUUAUUGACUGGAGGUUAAAGCUACCCAUAUUUGCCGCAUUUUCUAAACUUAAAAUUAAGAGGCUUAAUUGACAGCCGCAGAUAUUUUCAUUUGGUCAUUGAAACUUAAACGGUUUGUAGAACAUGUGGUAUCCUUCUUGCCGGCUGGUACCAAUUUACUUCGAGCCAAACGUGUGCAGAUCCGCGGAUGUGCCUGCUGCAGUUAUGUGGCCCGUCAUACCGUUGGACCAGCACAUGUGCCUUGCUGUUAAUGACAUGGUCGGGUAUCAGGAGCAUUGCUUUUCUGUUGCAGAUGGAAGGAAAUUCCUGUUGAGCAAGUCUGUGUUUGAUCUUGUGAAUGUGAGCCACUUUCUGGAGUUCACUGAUCCAAAGUUGCUUGGUUGGUAUGUCUCUUUACCAGAAGAAGACAGGCAGCUAAUACAAGAAGAAGGAGGACUGAUUCAGUUUCUGCAUAGACAUCCUGCUCUUGAAGUAUCUAGACAUGUUGUUUGUUUAAAGCGGCAUGUUAUAGGAACUCCCCUUCCAGAACCUGAUAUGUCUUCAAAACUCGAAAGAUCCAGACGGGCUACUUCUUAUGGCGUGUCAGAGUGUGUAAAUUGUCGCACGAGUUGUCCAUCUGGUACUAAAAAGUGCAGACGCUGUAGCACGCUGGUCCUAAACACAGAGGAAAAUGUUUGCGUAUUAGAGGAAGAAAAGUCACUUCGGUUGCUACCAAACAACGUACGAGAGGAGCUGAAUCUCUUAAAAGCCAAAGGAGAUCUCGGUGAGGACAUGUCAGUGAGUAGUUAUCAGCAGUUUGAUAGCCUGCAGGGCACCGCAAAUAAUUUGUCCACCACUUGGAGCAACCCUUUAAACAGAUUCCAGCAACCAGGGCAGCCAAGGAAGAACUCUAGUGAUGGCCAGCUUUUGUGUCAGAUGUGGGAGGAAAGUGUGCGGUGUGAUGGGAAUGAUAUCCGAGUGUUGAAGGAUCCCUCAGCACAAGCAAGCUUUUUGCUUGACCGCGAGCUUGAGAUGCAGGGCCACAGUCAAAAUAGUGAUGAUGACCAGGUACCUCUGCUGCCAGACAACAAUUCAGCUGUUCCUAAUUUAGAAGAGGAGACUCUCCCAGAGUAUUACAGUUUUAACAGCACUACAAUGGGGCACACAUCUGCCCAGUGGAGUGAUGCCACUAAUACCUCCAUGAUGGCAACUAAAGGCAGCACUGAGGCAUCUACUGCUGAUGAGCUUGUGGCCUGUGAUGUAAAGAAUGGUACCUUCCCUGAUUCUUUGUCCUUCCACAGCAACUCGUCAGAGUGGACCGAUCUCUCAGAGGAUUGCCAAAAUCUCAGUAAUGAGGAUGACCUGGAAUGCGAGACAAAGACAGAUGAGUAUCAUAGUGUGAUAGAAGAAGCCUCAAGCUCAGCGGCCUGUGUUAAUCCCAGCUGGUCAGCAUCUGGCCAGUGUACGAGAGAGAGAGAAUUUACAUGUGAGGGGUGCAUUUCAUCUCCCAGCCUAAAUAAGCUAAAUGUCAAAACCACAACAGCGUGUGAGGUCUCUCCUGUUUCCCUCCAUGUGAGCCAGGCAGUGGAUGCCAGCAAUGACUUUAGAGCAUGUUUUACAUCCACCGGGGCAACGGAAAUCACUCAGGACCUCUUGGCAAUGGUUCACAAAGAUGUUUCCACUGACACGGAUUCAUGUCUUGUUAACGAGGAGACUCAGACAACUCAAAGGCCCACUUCUGAGAAAUACACCGUUACUGAAAUCUACAUGUCUGACUUGGAUGCUCUUUGUGAGGAAUUUGGGAACCUCAGAAAGAUGGAAAAAGAGCUAAUGCAUUUAAAGGAUGACAUGGCAAGAUCUGGUCCUGGCACUGCUGGAGGGCCCAAGAGUGAACGACAGAAGAGUCACUGUGGAUGUGGUGCUGUUCCACGUGCUCGAUUGGCUGAGCUGCGUCUACUGGCUCUGCAGUUUGCCAUGUGCCAGCAACAUUGCUGGAGGUGCUUCUACACAUCACCACAGGGUGAAACUUCACUUCAGGGAACCGAAGCGCUGCUUGAUGCAAUGUCACAGACCCUGAAGAGCCUGGAGGACCGUUACCUCAAGAUGAAGAUGAUGAUACUAGAAGGGGUUCCUCUGGAUAAUCUAAAGCCUCUGUCUGUAGACACCAAGAGAUUAACAGCUGCAACGUGCUACAGGCCGUCUUUGAUUUAUGAGGCUUUUUUAGGUGACGGCAAGCCUGAGUUCUCUUUCAAGCCAAGUCAUCUUGAAGAUGAGGGCCAGACUAACCAAGUUGAUGAGGUAUUGAACAUAAACCUCGCAGACAGAGGACACUUCAACAAGAAUACGACAGCUCAUUGGCAUGAUUCUGCCACAUCGUCUAAAACUGCCAUCAGUAAGAGAUGUAGAGGAGGCAUGCCUGGUUCCAGCCAGCAACCAGGAGUCUCUACUGAUGCCAAGCCUGGUGCACCCAAAGAACUCCACAGCAGUGAUGCCUGGUUUGAUGCAGAGGAAGAGCUUGGAUGUGACCGUCAGAGUUGUAAAGAAGACCAACAAACAGGGCAGAGGGAUCAAGGGAACUCAAAGAAGGAACUAAAAGUGAGAUCAGAUCAGUGUUUCUUGCUUUGUGUCUCAAACUUGCCAAACAGUGUUACUGAGCAUGAUCUGCUGCUUUGGUUUGCGAAGUACCAUGCCAGUCAAGUGUCCUUUUCCAAAUUUAGUAACGGGUUUGUGUGUCUUCCAUGGAUGUGCUUCUUUAGGGCUGCAGUAUUGAGUGUGAGAAACCCCAAGGAUGCAGAGGCUGCAGUAAGAGAGAUGAAUGGCCGAUCCAUUCAAGGCCACACUCUCCAUGUGGAACACAUCCUCAAGUCUCCCACAGAUAGUCAGGCCACCAUCAAAGAGCCCUGCGUUCAUCUUGCCCCAGCUGCUCUUAAAGCAGGGUCUGUAGGAAAAAGGUCGAUCACGCAUAGCUCAAAUAAUAACGUUCAUACCUCCAGACCAUUCCGCUGCAGUCUGGAUAAGCUUACCAACAUAUGCCCUACACCCACUGCAUCUGGUACUUGUGUGCCACAGCACUAUGGCACCAUGGGCAGCUUCGACACGAUUAUGGCCCAGUUAUCAGAGCGCCACCCCAAAAUGGGCAGACAGCAGAUCGUCAGUGCUUUGCUGGAGCUGAGGGAAAAGCAUCAUGGUGUCCUCAGUGGCCUGCCCCUCAGAGAAAUCGUGGAUAUGACCUCUGAACUUCUCACUCACUCCACCACAGACUAAGCAAGACAAAGAUCACAUUCUUUAUUGGUGUAUGUUUAAGUCUAUUAUUUGUGUUGGUUUGGUUCUUUUAGGGAUUUAAUAGGCAUUUCUGGUUCUUUUAGUAGCCUUGUUUAUUAUUCUAAAUUUUAUGUUUGAGGCUUAAACAACCCCCCCAGUGUUGUUGCAUGGUAAAAUUUCUAUUUUGAGAGAACUUGUGUUGAGGGGAAAGAAAAUCUGCAAACUGUUCCUUUUAUGGUUGGUUUACCCAGUUAGAAUUCAAUGGUAGAAAAUGGUCUGUCCAUUGUACAGUUGAGUGUCAGUUUAUUAGGAAUACCUAGCUUGCACUUCUAGUAAUUGGCCCUUUUCAUCAAGUACACCUAACAUACAAGUCUGUGCCGUACAAUAAGUUUCUGUUCAGUUUUUCAACCACCGUCAUUGACUGACAGGAUAGAGGACACAAUAUACAAAUAAGUUCUCAUUGGCUACACUCUAAUUAUACAUGGUAAUCUGUUAUCUUGUAGGUGUACCUACAAAAAAGGUAAUAAAUUAAGGAAUGCAUACCUAAUUAACUGGCAGGCCUCUGUGUUUAGUUUUCAGCACUAUGUAUAUAGUUGGCCAGAAAGUUGAAUAAUAUGACAACUGUGUUUGCUUUUGAAAAGCAAAACCAAUUUCCUUAUGUUCCAUUAUCAGUAAAAACAUUCUGUGCCUGAAA